AUGUUAAUCUACGCCUUCGAAUCCCUGAUCAGAAAGUCCAAACAAGCAUCUUCUUCCACGCCUGCUGCAGCUGCCGAUCCUACUGCAGGAAACACAGCCCUCCGAUGCCUCCUCGACUCUCCCCGCCGUCGAAUCCCCUCGUGCAUCGGCGUGCACCACAUGGACGGACCCUCCUCAGAUUUCUGUGAAGAAUACCAGACAGCAAAGGCGGCUUCGAAAGAGAUGACCAAGUACCGAUGGAGACUGAAUGCUGGACUCAAUGUCCUUAUCCGGACCAUCACUGAGAAUCGCGUAUCCCUCAAGGAGAACUCCAAGAACUUGUCCAUCUUCUCAUUCGUCAGCGGCAUCUCUCACGGUAACCUCACCAAGGCGUUCUGGAGAUGGUUCUUUGCCAUCAACCUCCCAAUAUGUGUCGUCAGCCUCAUCGUCAUAUUCUUUUUCCUCCGCAACGAACUCCUCGGUGCCCAACCCAUCCCCAAACUCAACGAGACCGAGGAGACGGGCCGCCACACAAAGUUUGUCGCCCACCUCAAUAUUGUCGACUACGGCGGCCAGUUCCUCUUCAUUGUCGGCUUCGGCCUCAUCACCCUGGCCCUCACAUGGGGUGGAGCCACUUACCGUUGGGACUCGGCCGCUGUCAUCGUCUCGCUGGUUCUGGGUGUCGUCUUUGCCGUGACCUUCUUCGCCUGA